AUGCCUCCUUCCCUUCCAGACUUCUCUAAAACUCACGGAAAUCCAGACGAGAAUGGUGAAGAUUGGAUGACUCUUCGACCACACUGCCCAAAUGGAACUUCAACCAGCGAACAAAAUACUCUCUCCAAAGUCGACAUGUUCGUUGGCGACAAAUUCUUCCGAACCGUUGAGCCAAAUUGCUUCGAUCCAGAGGUACGCAUGGCAGAGAUGGACGCUACAGGCGUCGACAUUCAAGUCAUCAGCACCGUACCUAUAUUAUUCUCUUACGACAAGCCAGUCAAGCCUGCUGCGGCAUUGGCUCGGUAUCUUAACGACCAUAUCGCUUCCGUUUGUCGCGAGCGUCCGAACCGAUUUGUAGGAUUGGCAACUGUUCCAUUGCAAGAUGUGUCUAGCUCUGUGUUUGAGCUUCAGCGCGCGAAGAAUGUCCUUGGAUUGAAGGGUGUGGAGAUUGGAACAGAGAUAGACGGGAAGACUUUGGAUGAGCCGGGAUUCGAGCCAUUCUGGACUGCAUGUGAAGAGUUGGAUUUCCCUAUCUUUGUGCAUCCGCUAGGAUAUGAACUUGAAAGGGAGAAUAAGAAUCGAUGGGGAAGUUAUUGGUCUGCGUGGCUGGUUGGGAUGCCAAGCGAAACAGCACUAGCUAUGCACGCAAUUCUUUCUUCGGGUGUUCUAGUUCGACACCCCAAGUUACGAUUCUGCUUUGCACAUGCUGGUGGUGCCUACCUUCCUCUCCUUGGACGAAUCCAACAUGGCUAUAACUGUCGACCUGACCUGGUAGCUCAUAGCUCACAGGGGUUGUCUCCGGAGAACUAUCUGCAGUCUCACCAGGACAAUAUUUGGAUUGAUAGCUUGGUACAUGAUCCAGACUUGCUGCAGUAUAUCUGCAAGAAGAUUGGAUCGGAUCGAGUGAUUAUGGGUAGUGAUUAUCCUUUUCCACUUGGAGAGAUGCCCGUUCCUGGUAAGAUGUUGGCAGGUGAUGAACAGGUGGCUGACCUGUUUCCGCCUGAGGCGAGAGCAAGAAUGCUCUAUGGGAAUGCGAUUGAAUUUCUAAGGCUGCCGGAUGUUUUUAAGAAGCAUUGUUAG